UCGGCCAGUUUCAAAUGAAAUUUAACAAACCUUUCGAUCCAGAUAACUCGCUAAUUCGAUCGUUCAAAUUUUUUUUUAAAGCGCGUACCAUCGCGAAACUGUGUGUGUGUGUGCGCGCGCGCUCGCGCGUGUACUUACUACUCAUUCGUGCGAAACAUGACUCGACGUGGAAAAGAGAAAGUCAUACUCGUCGAACGCUCCAUUAUUGUUUACAUUUACAGUGCACACUGCGUUACAUCACGGGGAAGAGGUCAUACUCAUUGAGGCCGCGCAUAAAGCGAAAGUUUUCCAAUGAGCGUAGUCAUUUCUGCAUGUUGUUAAUCGGUAUACCUAAUUGUCAUCGUUUUAGAUUCGUUUUCAUAUUAUCUACGUAAGACAGUUAUAAAAUGGUAACUCAUUGAAAUUUUGCGUACAAGUUUUUUACUUUGGCAAAUUAUUAUAGAAAGAAAAGACGAGAUAACGUUACUCUUCGCCAUAUAUUUCCAAUCGAGUUAAAGCUAUCAUCGCACAACAAUAUAGCGUUUAUAUUUCCUACUACCGUUAACUUUACGCAAACUGAUCGUUCACGGAUUAUAAGCGAACCGUUUAAGAAAAGAACGGUAUGAAGGAAGUUGCAAUUCUUUGCCUCGAGUAUAAAACAAGUUGUAUAGUUGCUCUUAAGACGCGGCAGACGGAUCGGGCUCCUGCAGGUAAAACGGACAGGUGUCUUCAAGUGAGUACCUCCAAAGGAAAAGAGCGAAGAAGAAAAUUGAUAUAAUGCGAUUUAUUGAAAAAUCGAAAAAAGCAAGGAUCGGCGAUCUAAAGUCAUUGAUACUUUUAAUUCGAGAUCUGACUAUUGUUUGCCUUAUGACGUUGUCAAUAUCUUCGAUCGAGGGAAAACGAAAUCAUGGACUACUGAACAUGUCUAAUCGUAUUAAAUUACGACGACUCGGAUACAGUCGCGAAGAAUUGAAACCAACAAUUUGUUACGAUCUAGUCGGCUGCUUCGCGGAUCCACCGGUCCAUUUGUCUUUGAAAAGACCACCCGAGCAUCCGAACGUUAUCCAAACAAAGUUCUUAUUGUAUAACAGAAGCAAUCGGGAAAAUCCAAAAGUUAUUAUAUACGCAGAUCAAUCCGAGUCGUUGUUACAAUCUGGAUUAAAUGUGUCGAAGCAAUUGAAAGUCCUGAUACACGGCUUCAAAGGUAGCGGUAGCGAUUACGGUUUGAUUCGUGGGAUUAAUGCUCUACUCGAUCUGGAGGAUGUGAAUAUAUUGAUAUUGGAUUGGACAAGGGGGGCAGGCACGAGUUACGCGGCUGCAGUUGCUAAUACCGAAUUAGUUGGCCGACAACUUGCGCUUGUUCUUUUGGAUGCCUUUAAUUUGGGAACCGAUCCUAUGGACGUACACGUAACGGGCUUCAGUUUGGGAGCUCACGUAGCAGGAUGCACUGCUGAAAUGUUAAAAAAAUGGGGCCUCCUACUUGCUCGUAUCACUGGCCUCGAUCCGGCCUCGCCAUUUUUUCGAAGCCAUUUAUUUCGCGAAAAAUCGAGAAAACUCGAUGCUACCGACGCUCAUCUCGUUGACGUUAUUCAUACCGACGGUUCCGAAGAUUUCACCGAUGGAUUUGGUCUCCUCAAACCUAUCGGACACAUCGACAUGUUUCCUAACGGCGGUAAAGAACAGCCAGGAUGUUCCGACGUUAAAAAUUCCGUCGUUGUCAGCCAUUUGAAAGAAGAACUUUUAGAUAGACAGAUUGCGUGCAGUCAUUUGAGGGCCUGGCAACUCUACGUAGAAAGUAUACUGACGCAAUCCCAAAAAUGCAAAUUCGUAGCAUGGCCAUGUCCUCAGGGAUUCGUUUCAUAUGCAAAAGGUACUUGUUUCCCUAUGGAAUCUACCGGUUGGUCUCAAGAAAUGGGAUACAGAGCAAAUCGUGGACCAUUAGGAAGUUAUUUUUUACCUACCAGAAGCGAACCACCCUUUUGCGGAGAACCCUUCAGAGUUACCAUAGCGACGGCUAAAGGUCUGCCAAGAACUAUGGGAGUAUUGCUCUUUAAAACAUAUCAAAAUAAUUCAACGACUACGUACAAGAUCAAUUGCAUAUUACCCAAACUAUACAAUCAACCAACGAUGUUUUAUAAUAUCGCGGCGAAUGAUUUUUCAUUCGCUUUACAUAAAGUACCGAUCAUAAAGGGCACGAUUCAAUAUCAUAAAAUUAUCGAAAAGGACGAAAAUGAGAGAAGAAGGCCCGAUGAUUCGGGUACUAUACUAUUGAGUAAGCUGUUCCUUGAGAACAGAAAGGGAGAUAGGUGGGAAUGUUGUAAUUUUAAUACUUCGAUUGGUGCAGAAGAGACACACGUGGAACUUCAAAGCGUACCGUGCGAUUCACUCUAAAAAAUUAUACUCUUUCGAUAUAUACAAAUAUAUAAAAAUCUGUUGUAAUAGGCAAUUUAAAUCAUACACUAUUGUAUAACGAUAAUAAUGCAUAAGUCAAUUGUAUAAAAAUUUAAAUUUUCCGCAAAGGAAAUUGACUU